CUUUCUUCUCCGUUUUUACUCCUGAAAAAAAUUCAAACCCGCACUCCACAUACAUGUUACCUGGGAAAAAGUCAAGGCGUUCCUCUGUUUUAUUCGUUCCCAAUAAACGAAUAAAGCAAUUAAAUACUAAUCUUCAAGAUACCAUAGUAACAACUACUAUUUCAUCAUCCAACCAAGUCAAUAAUACUACCUCUGAACACCAUUCGCAUAAUCGUAGCACAACAAAUGAUAUUACCAGAUCUGAUUAUUCUUUAGACUCAUUAUUAGAUCAAGACAAAGGCCUAAUUGAAAUCGAUACUUGUUCUAGUUCAUCUCCAUUGAUCGACCUCACUUUGGAUGAUACUAGCAACAAACCAACGAAUGAUAUGUCUCCUUCACCAGCAUCGGCAUCAAAUCCAAAGUCAACAUCAUCCAAAACAUCUGCUUCAAGAAGAAGGAUCAAAAAACGCGUCCUAGUUGCAAAUCGAAAAGUACAAACCGCAGCAUCCUUGUUAUCACCACCGUCUCAGUUACCGGAUUAUGAAUCACUGACAUUGCCUGAAUUGAGAAAUGCGCUCAAAAAGUAUGGAUUUAAAUCAAAGGAUCGCAAGUCAAUGAUCACUACCUUGAAAAACCUGCAAUUAUCAUUAGGAAACGACGAUCCAUCGUCGUCGACAUCAAGGUUAUUAUCAUCAGUAUCAUCAUCGAUACCAGCAUCAUCAUCAUCGAUACCAGCAUCAUCAUUACCACAUUCAGCAUCAACACCGGACACACCACUGUCCUUGGAGUCUCGAACCAAAAAUAGACCCUGCGAGGACGAAGCAGUGAGGCAAGAAUUGUUACAAUAUAUCAAAAGCAACUCAAAAAUAUGGGAAAGUAUACUAAGAUAUGAAUCAGUUGAUUUGGAGAAAUGUGCUGAAGGAUUGCCCAGGGAAAAGAAGAAAGCUCUACUCGAAUUCUUGGAUGAAAACGCACUUAUCUUCAAACCUCCAAAGUCUAGAUAGAUACUUACUAGAUAGAUAAAUUUAUUAUUAGGACACAUUAUUAUCGAUGAUACUUAUGCAAACGAAAAUAAAUGAAAAUCCAAAACUUUAUGGGCGGUAUUUGAAUACAAUUCUUUUCUAUAUUUUUCC